UGUACGCGAAUUCAACUGCGGCAAAUUAUACUAUCGCACUUUCCACAUGGAUGAAGAGAGAGACUCACUCUACGUGGGCGCUAUGGAUCGCGUAUUUCGCUUGAGCCUGAAAAAUAUUUCGUCCUCGCAAUGCGAUCGCGAUGUUAUUAACUUGGAACCCACACGCGAUGACGUUGUCAGCUGCGUCUCCAAAGGCAAGAGCCAGAUUUUCGAUUGCAAGAAUCACAUUCGUGUCAUACAAUCAAUGCAAAACGGCGAGAGGCUUUACGUUUGCGGCACAAAUGCGCACAAUCCCAAGGAUUAUGUCAUCAAUUCCAAUCUUACUCAUCUACCUCGUUCGGAAUAUGUAAUUGGCGUUGGUCUGGGUAUUGCGAAAUGUCCCUACGAUCCAUUGGAUAAUUCAACUGCUAUCUAUGUGGAGGAAGGAAAUCCUGGUGGUUUGCCUGGCUUGUACUCGGGCACUAAUGCGGAAUUCACAAAAGCGGACACUGUCAUCUUCCGUACGGAUUUGUAUAAUACCACAGCAAAGCGGUUGGAAUAUAAAUUUAAGCGAACACUCAAAUAUGACUCCAAGUGGUUGGAUAAACCAAAUUUCGUCGGCUCCUUUGACAUUGGCGAGUACGUAUACUUCUUUUUCCGCGAAACUGCCGUUGAGUAUAUCAACUGUGGCAAAGCGGUUUAUUCACGUAUUGCGCGCGUUUGCAAAAAGGAUAUCGGCGGCAAAAAUCUACUCACCCACAACUGGGCCACAUAUCUGAAGGCGCGAUUGAACUGCAGCAUAUCAGGCGAGUUCCCCUUCUACUUCAAUGAAAUACAAUCCGUCUAUCAGUUGCCAACGGAUAAGACGCGUUUCUAUGCGACAUUCACGACCAGCACAAAUGGGCUAAUCGGUUCGGCAGUGUGCAGUUUUCACAUCAACGAAGCGCAGGCAGCUUUUAAUGGCAAAUUCAAAGAACAAUCAUCAUCCAAUUCUGCUUGGCUACCAGUACUGAAUUCUCGUGUGCCGGAACCUCGUCCGGGCACUUGUGUCAAUGAUACCUCAAAUCUGCCAGACAAUGUGUUGAACUUUAUACGCUCGCAUCCGCUUAUGGAUAAAGCUGUGAAUCAUGAACACAACAAUCCAGUCUAUUAUAAACGGGAUUUGGUAUUCACUAAGCUCGUUGUUGACAAAAUCCGCAUUGAUAUACUCAAUCAAGAGUACACCGUCUACUAUGUGGGCACAAAUUUGGGGCGCAUCUAUAAAAUCGUGCAAUACUACCGUAAUGGGGAAUCACUAUCGAAAUUGCUUGACAUCUUCGAGAUUGCAGCUAACGAAGCGAUACAAGUGAUGGGUAUCAGUCAGGCACGUAAAUCGCUCUAUGUUGCCACAGAUCAUCGCAUCAAACAAAUCGAUUUGGCGAUGUGCAAUCGACGUUAUGACAAUUGCUUCCGUUGUGUGCGUGAUCCCUACUGCGGCUGGGACAAGGAGGCGAACACAUGUCGCCCAUACGAAUUGGAUCUGUUGCAGGAUGUUGCCAACGAAACGAGCGACAUUUGCGAUUCCAGCGUGCUAAAGAAGAAAAUCGUCGUCACCUAUGGGCAAAGCGUGCAUCUGGGUUGCUUCGUCAAAAUACCAGAGGUGCUGAAGAACGAGCAAGUGACUUGGUAUCAUCAUUCAAAGGAUAAGGGACGCUACGAAAUCAAAUACAGCCCCACAAAGUACAUAGAGACCACCGAACGCGGUUUGGUUGUAGUAUCGGUGAAUGAGGCUGAUGGUGGUCGCUAUGAUUGCCAUUUAGGUGGUUCCUUACUGUGCAGCUACAACAUCACCGUCGAUGCACACAGAUGCACUCCUCCAAAUAAAAGCAAUGAUUAUCAGAAAAUUUAUUCUGAUUGGUGUCACGAAUUCGAAAAAUACAAAACUGCCAUGAAAUCGUGGGAAAAGAAGCAGGCGCAAUGCUCAUCACGUCAGAACUACAGCAAUCAACAUCCUAAUGAUGUUUUCCGUAAAAACAAUGUCUGAUAUCAAGAAAAUCAACUUCAACUAUCGCCCAUAAAACUUCGUCUAUAAGUAGGAGAGAUUCUUGGGGGUCGGCUGGCUGGCUAAUGGCAAUUAACGGUAUAAUGAAGGGUAAGAGAUCGCGGGAGACUUUACAACAGCAGAUUAUAACGGUAGUGUGACAGGAGUAUCCGUAUGUGUUCACCACUCGAAGCAAUGAGAAUAUGAGAGCGCAGGCUAAAGAAGGAGAGAAAUGUCAAGGCGGAGUGUGGUUUUCACCAUCCGAUAACAUCGACAACGCAUUGGACAUAUGCUCGUACCGGAGCGCAUUUAAACUUAACAAAGAACAAACUUAACUUGAGCAAAAUAAAAAAAAGCAAAAUGAUAUGACGGAAGCAAAGAAAACAUUAGAUACACUCAAGCAAUCGCAUUAUACUACAAACAUACCUAAAUAAAAAUAA